AUGUUUAUAUGCAUUCGAAUUAUUAUGUUAUGUUUCGUUUAUUGUGCUUUAUCUGAAGAAGCAUCAAGUUGUUUAGCAGGUUUUUAUCUUGAUGUUGAUACAUGUGUCUUUUGUCCAAUAGGUUAUUACUGUCCUUUAGAUGGAAUUAAAAUUCCGUGUAAUCCUGGUAAUUAUUCGGAUAUACGCGGUCAUAUUUAUUGUAAAUUGUGUCCAGCUGGAACUUACUCAAUUGAAUUAGGAUCAACCAAUUGUGAUACUUGUCCAUUCGGUUCUUACUCUUUGAUUGGUGCUACUUUUUGCACAGCUUGCACGAGUAGCACGUGUGAUUCGUGUAGUUCAACGACGGGAAAGUGUCUCUCUUGUUCAGUUGGUUGUGGUUUUGUUUCUGAUGGUAUUUGCAAAGCCUGUGAAGCGGGAUAUUUCUCACUUGGUGGUACUGCUUCGUGUUCAAAAUGUCCAACUAAUCUUUUUUCAACAAAUAAAAGUAGUUCUUGUACCCCAUGCAACUCAGCAUGCAAAACGUGUGAUGACACAAAUGGAAAUUGUCUGACUUGUUACGAAAAUUCUUUUAUUUCAAAUAGUGUUUGUGUAGGUUGUCCAGCAGGUCAAUUUUACAGUUCAGAUGGAUGUUUGGAUUGUGCAGAACAAACGUAUUCUCUUGCAAACAGUACAGUGUGUACAAGUUGUAGUUCAUGUGUUGCAUGUGACAAAACUAAUGGGCAUUGCACUUUAUGUGAGAAAGGGCAAUUUAUCGACGAUUAUAAGUGUAUUCAUUGUAAAACUGGGACCUAUGGAAAUGGCUUUCAAUGUAUUCCCUGCCAAAAAGGAACAUAUUCAAGUUUACCAGGAAGUGAUAAAUGCAUUCAAUGUGAAGAUGGUUAUUACACUAAUAAUACAUCUUCAAUUUUGUGUCUAAAAUGCAACAGUUAUUGCAAUUCAUGUGAAAAAGAAAGUGGAUACUGCUCCUCGUGUGUGUCUGGUUGUGUAUUAUCAGGAAAUUACUGCAUUCCAUGCGAAGCUGGUACAAGAGCAAAUCAAGAAACAAACAAAUGUGAUGUCUGUCCAGCUGGAACACAUUCAUCAAAGCAAUCAACGACUUGUUUGUUAUGCGGAAAUGGUUUUUAUUCAACAAAAGGAUCAUUAAAUUGUUUGUCAUGCAGUUUAACAUGUUUAACAUGUAACAACACAAAUGGAAACUGCAUCACUUGUAUUUCUGGCAAUGGUUUAGAUGUGUUUUUUAAUUGCCACAUCUGUCCAGCCGGAACUUACGCAAAUUCAACAAACAACAAAUGCCAACACUGUGAAGAUAAAACGUAUCAAUCAAAUGAAGGACAAACAUUUUGCAAUUCAUGUAAUAUUAAGUGUGAAACGUGUGAUAAAAUAAGUGGUGAAUGCCUGACAUGUUAUGCUGGAUAUGGUCUUGGUUAUGAUGGGAACUGUGAAUUGUGUCCUGAUGGCUAUUAUUCAAAUGGUGGAACUUCAAAGUGUUUGCCAUGUCCAGGUGAUUGUUUGAAUUGUUUCAAAGAAAGUGGCGAAUGCACAACAUGUCAGUCUGGGAAUAAACAAGUCACAAACCAAAACACGGGAAACAAAGAGUGUGUUUCAUGUUCGUUAAACAAUAAUUGUGCAUUGUGUGAUUUGAAUAUUAAUGAAUAUGAAAGGAAUUGUGUUGAGUGUUCAAGUACCUAUUAUUUGAAAGAUAACAACUGUUAUGUGUGUUCACAGAUAACAAAUUGUGUGCAAUGCUCACCAAAGAGUAGUAAUUGUUUGAUGUGUUCUGGUGAAUAUAUUACAGUUGGUGAAAAAUGUAUCUCAUGCGAAGAAGGCAAAGUGAAAGUCACUUCGAAUAUUUGUAUGAAUUGUUUUGAAUUGAUUCCAAAUUGCCAACUCUGUGAAUACAAUAAUGGAAAACAAAAGUGUUUAAAAUGUAAUGCACCCUAUGUUUUGAAUAAUGAUUAUUUAGAAUGUUUAUUGGCGUAUUCAAACAAUACACAUUUUGGUUGUGAUACAUCUGAAAGUGUUAUUAAUAUUGAAGGUUGUAUUAAUCAAGUAAAUUCGUCGUGUUUCAUGUGUAACGACAAAUGCAUUUUAAUUGAUGGAAAAUGCAUUGAAAAACAAAAUGAUAAAUGCUUUAAUUAUUCUUUAAAAUCAUGUGAUAACUGUUUAAAUAAUGUUAUUACAACAAAUGGUGAUUGUUCAAUUACAAGCACAUGCAAAUAUCAACUUACUCAAAAUGACAAAACUACUUGUUUGAUAUACAAAAACAACACACAAGAAGGUAUCAAAGCCAACAACUGCAGAUAUAUACAAAAUGAGUUUUGUUAUUUGGCGAAUGAUGGAUAUUACACAACACUUGAUAUCAAUGGUGAAACUUCAAAUUGUGAAAAUGCAAUAUUAUGCAAAAAUGAAAAUGGUAAUAAAGUAGAUAUAUCAUGUAAAAGUGAAUUUGUGAUGACAAAGAACGUGUUGUGUUCACGGGACUUGAAAUGUGCCGAUUACAACGGAAGUGUGUGUAUUGCAUGCCAACAAAACCAUCACAUUGAAAAUGGUGGAUGUGUUUUCAAUGACAAUGAAUGUGUUAUUCAAAACAAAGAGAUUUGCAUUUUGUGUAAAAACAAAAUAACUAUUAAUGGGAAGUGUGUUUUAAAUGAUUCAAUUAUUUGUAAAGAAUUUGUUGGAAAUGUAUGUAAACAAUGCGAAGAAGAUCAUUACAAAGACACAAGUGGGUGUUUGCCAAAACAAGACAAAUACAAAGACUGUGAGUAUGUGAGUGUUAUUAUGUCGUCGUGUUUGGAGUGCUACAAAUCUCAUGUUCUUGUUGACAAUAUAUGUGUUUCCAGUGAUGAAUAUAACAACACUGUAAAUUUACUUAAUAUUCAAACAAUGAGUAAAACACCUACAGACAACUGCAUAUUAAGAAGUUCAAAAGGGUGUUUGCGAUGUAGUGAUGGGUAUUACAUAUCGAACUCUGUUUGUGUGAAAUGUGAGUACCCAUGCACUUAUUGCUCGAAUUUAACGUAUUGCACAAAAUGUAAUGCGUACUCGUACACCAAGAAUGGCAAGUGUUUUGAAAUCAAUGAGAUACUAAGUGUUUGUGAUGUAAUGAUGUCAACAUAUGUAGGAUGUGUUGUGUGCAAAGAUGGGUACAUGCGAUCAAGUGAUGGCAAACAGUGUAUUAGUUGUGACAGGUCAUGUGCAACGUGUUCCAAUGAUGGUGAUUGUGUUGUUUGCAGUGAUGGAUAUUACAGAACACCAAAUAACAACACAAAGCUGUGCAACUCACAGACAGAAUUGAACAACUGUUUGAACAAAACAACGAGUGGUUGCACACUAUGUGAAAGUGGUUUUGCACCGAAAGACAACUUGUGUUACAAAUGUGGUGAAAAUUGUACCUUUUGUGAUUCCACCUUUGAGUGUUCAAAAUGUGAUAAUAACAACAUUUUGAAAGAUGGAGUGUGUGUUCACUUUUCUCAAAUACCAAACUGCAUUUCAUCACAAAAUUCAUUAUGUUGGGAGUGUGCAGAUGGCUACAAGUUGAGGGACGACAAAAUCGAGUGUUUUACAGACAAUAAUUAUGGGUUGAUUGUUGGUAUUCCAAUUAUGUGUGUUGUUGUGAUGGUUGUUGUAAUUAUUGCAACAGUGAUCAUUGUUGUUCUGAUUGUGUUUAAAAAGAAAGACGACAAACUAAUUGAAAAUGUGUGCGUCUUUAAGAUGAGUCGCUCUAAUAUUACAAUGACUAAACUUGAAGGCGAAAUUCUUUCAAACAAAAAUGAAAUUUCAUUUGGUGAUGAAAAUGACAAAAUCCACAUUGAGACUGAAAGUCGUGAAUUGUUGUGUGUUGGCAACUCGUCAAAAGGUAACAUGAAGAUUCAAAUCACAACAAAAGACAAAUGCGACAAAUACAAAAUUCGAACAGAACCCAAAAUUGUGACUUUAAAAAGCGGGUUUGCAUGCGAAUUUGAAAUAUUUUUAACACCAUAUUGCACAAUGAAUUUGAGUGACAAAAUAAUGAUCAUCUCACUCAACUUAAAAAGUGGUAAACAAAACUCGACUUCCAUUGCCAUAAAUGGACAAGUGGAGAACUCAACACAUCUCGAUUAUGACGAGUUAAUUGAAGAAAAGAAAAUAGGAGAAGGAACAUUUGGCGUUGUCUACAAAGGUAAAUACAGAGGAAACACUGUUGCAAUUAAAAAGAUGAAAGAAUUCAACGAAAAUAAUAUUGAAGAAUUUACAAAAGAAGUAGCUAUGCUUGAUAAAUUUAGAAGUGAGUACAUCACACACUUUUAUGGCGCUGUGUUUAUUGAAAAGAAACAAUGUAUGGUUACCGAAUUUGCAUCUUAUGGCUCAUUAAAAGAUGUUUUAAAACACAAAACAAGUAAAGACAUUGACAUGAAAUUGCGAGUAAAGUUUUGUCUUGACGCUGCUAAAGGAAUAUUGUAUUUACAUGAAAACGACAUAUUACACAGAGACAUCAAGCCAGACAAUUAUUUGAUAUUUUCACUUGAUUCAAAUGAAAAGGUGAAUGCAAAAUUGACUGAUUUUGGAAGUGCAAGAAAUGUGAAUCUUUUAAUGACUAACAUGACAUUCACCAAAGGUGUUGGUACUCCGAAAUACAUGGCUCCUGAAGUUCUAGACAAAAAGAAGUACAAAAAACCAGCAGAUAUUUUUUCCUUUGCAAUUACAAUGUAUGAAAUUAUUCUUUGGGAAGACGCGUUUCAAAAAAGUGAUUCACGGUUCAAAUAUGCAUGGGAUAUAGCAGACUUUACUAGUGCUGGGAAGAGAUUGGUUAUACCAAAGGAUGUUCCAAAUGAACUCUCAUUUUUAAUCACAAAAUGUUGGGCUCAAGAACUCGAGCAACGAAUAAAAAUUCAAGAAAUAGUUGAAAAUCUUGAACAAACUUCGAAAUUUAAUUAA